AUGGCUCUUCUCCAAAACCCUUCAGUCGCAAAGACCUCCCACAAUUCGGCGUAUCCAGCCAUUCUAGCGACCCGUCCAGAGCUCUCCCAACAAGGCCGUGUCAUCUACGUCACUGGAGGCUCUGCGGGAAUCGGUCUUGCCAUCUGCAACGCCUUUGGUGAAGCUCAAGCUGCCACCGUUAUCCUUACUGGUCGCCGCCAAGGUGCUCUGAACGAAGCCGUCGAAACUCUCUCGAAGAAUCACCCAAAGACCAAGUUCAUCGGCCAGGUCCUCGAUGCUUCUGAUCGCCCAGCAACGGAAAAGGCCUGGGCACAGCUCGAUGCCGAUGGGAUUGUUGUCGACGUCUUGAUCUUGAAUGCUGCUUUCGUCACGUACAGGCAGUCUAAAAUGAUUGAUCUGGAAUUCGACGAAGCGUGGCCUAGCUGGACAACCAACGUGGGCGCCAACAUGGAUCUCAUUGACCGAUUCUACCACCAGAAGAAGCGAGAAGCAGGUCGAAAGCUGUAUCUCAUCAACCUCUCAACCAUGGCCAUUCACGAUUUUGAAUUUGUCAAAGCCUUUCCUGCCUACUGCGCGUCCAAGAAUGCGGGAACUCUGCUGGUGCAGAUGUAUGCUCAGACGAUUGAUGCCGAUGAUAUGCAAAUCUUGAGCUUCCAUCCCGGAGGAAUUUACACGGACAGUGUAAAGAAAAGCGGCGUUCCGAAGGAGGCUGUGGCUUGGGAUGAUGAAACCCUACCAGGAAAUUACGCCGUCUGGGCGGCUUCUGACGAGGCCAAAUUUCUGCACGGACGAUUUACUUGGGCAGCAUGGGACGUGAAUGAGCUGCAGAGCGAGGAAUGGCGGAAGAGGAUCGAGGAGAAGCCAACUUACCUCCAAGUUGGAGUUGUUGGACUUUCAUAG